AUCGCUAAUCAGUUUGUUUGCAGACGUCGACUACGUCGGUCGUGAGCUCAGCGCCGAGAGCGAGAAUUACAAGAUAAAAGCAACAGCGAAUCUGAAGUCAAGAAGCAGAUGAAGAUAAAGUUGGCGAUAGAGUGAAAGUGUGCCGCAGUUAACUAACCGAGUAGCCGCAACAACAACAACAUACAAGACCAUAAAAAAGAGAUACUCUCCGUGUAAUUGAGAUACUUUAGUUGAAUAGUAGUUAUCUAUUUUACGCACACCGAAUAUAAGGCAAUAUGGAGAAUCUGCCGCACACAUUAAACUACGAGCAGUCGCGCGAUUUGCCGCUUCAGCAAUUUAUCGGUGUCGCCCGGCAGAUAUUCGAGGCCAACAAAAAGAACAAGAAUCAAAACAGUGAUAAUACGGAUAGUGAUAUUCUGCAAAAGAUUGGAGCAACAAUCUUCAAUUCAAUUCAACUGAAGCAUCCCACACUCAACGAUCAACCACUCGGACACAAUUCCAGUGAAGCAGCAGACAUGGACUUCGACUUCCAAAAUCGUGUGGUCCUCGAUAGCAGCAGUGUGAAUAAACUGCAGGAGCAGAUCGAGUACGACAAGUUCAUGAACGAAGUGUGGAUCGGCAUUGUGUUCACGCUAAUCUUGAUCUCGAUGGUCUUCUGCAUAUGCUCAUGCUUCCUGUACCAUCAAUUUCGAACCUGGAAACGCAAUUAUCACAACAAUGCAAAUGGCUCGACGCAGUGCACAAUUGUUGAUAUCGAGGCAUUGAAACUGCGACCCGAUGUGGAGGAUCCGGUACCGGAAUACACAUUGGUAUCGGGUCUGCCCAGCUACGAGGCCGCCUUGGAGUUGUUGCAUAAAACGCCGCAAUCGUCGUGUUUGAUUGUCUAUCCAAGCGUGUUUAAUGUAUUCAAUAAGCAUGAAAGAGCGAACACGGCAGCAGCAGCAACAGCAGCAACAACACCCACGGCAACCACGGCAACAAUAGAUGCCGUUGCUGGGGAAGCGUCGUCGGCAACGGCGGCAACUCUGUCACAGACAGCCGCAUUGUGCGAGGCAACAACUCCACUGCUUUCAACAGCAACAACAGCGAUUGGCGGAACAACAACAGAAACAACACCAACUAACACACCCACAUGCGAAAGCAUUAAGCCCAAUUUUGUGCCCAGUUAUGCCGAAGUAUUUGGCUUUAAGACGAUCGAUGAGAAGAAAAAGUCAACGAAAAGUCAAGACGACAAAUGCUAAAGCUAGUUGUUCUGCAUACAUUUCAGGAAUAUCUGUUAACCAAAUGUGUUCUGUGAUAAUAAUUGUUGCUGUUCCCAAUAUCAUAUACAAUACUUAAGUCUAAACUAAGAGCUGUGAUUAUUGAUUAUCGAAAAGACAACUCGCAAGAAUGCUUAAAUAAUAUUUGAUGGUAAAAGCUUGUACCUAGUUCCUAAGUAGAUCAUAAUAAAUUAUACACUACAAAAAUAUACAAAUUAUUCCAAAAAAAA